UCCAGAAGAGGAGCGAUGAGUUCUUCAAAGAUGAAAUUGAGUGAAUCGGCUUUAGCUUUUCUUCCAAAAGAGAUCCUCGUCCAAAUUCUGAGUAAACUCCCUGCCAAAUCUCUGGUGCGAUUCAAGUGUGUUUCUAAAUUCUUUUGUUCUCUGAUUGUUGAUCAUCCCUUUGCCGAUCUACAUCGCAAUUGGUCCUUAACCCUUCCAAGUAGAAUCAGCAUUCUAAUUUCUUUGCCGUUCGACCUAGAAGACGCCAGAUUCCAUUGUUCUGAAGAAAACCAAGGAACGCUCGCCAGAUUCCAUUACACAAUAAAUUAUUCCGAAGAAAGCCAAGGAACGCUCGAUGCCAAUCGCCUCCUGUAUAUGGACCGUAAUCGCAAUCUCUUUGGAAAGGUUUAUAUAAGCUCUGCCGUGAACGGCCUGAUUUGUUUCUGCUCAUUCUCACGACUCGGAGACGCCAUUGCUAUUCACAACCUUAGUACCCGACACCAUAUCUCUCUUCCAUCAAGCUGUCCAAGUGUUAGGCGCCCCUCCGGGAACAGUAUUACCGCUUUUGGACUCUUAGGUUUUGAUUCAGUCUCGAGAAGAUACAAGGUGUUGAAGUCAGUACAGUUUAACGAUCAUGAUCGCUCCUACAGGCGGCAUGUUUCGAUAAAGCAUUGGGUUUUUACACUGGGCGUGGAUGAAUCAUGGAGGGAGAUUCAUUCCUCUCCCUCCUACUAUCCUUACACUUGUUUUAAUAAUCAAUUCUAUUUCCAUACUAGUGUUCAUAUUGACGGUGUUAUCUAUUCCCUUAAUUCCUUGAAUAAAGGCGAAAUAGUAGCAUUUGAUGUUAGGGCUGAGAAUUUCCAAGCUAUACCUCCUCCACCCCCAUCUACUAUGCCUGGAUUGGUAGAAGGGCCGCCUGGGGUGGGUAGUGGUCGAUCUGGAUUGGUAGAGGUAGAUGGUCGAUUAGCUAUUGUUGAUCUUUUUAUAAGUGCUAACCGUGACAACCUGUGGCGCUAUGGUAUGGCAAUAUGGAUUUUUGAGGAAUCUAUGGUAUGGAAGAAUCAAUAUUUGAUUUUCAUUCCCAUCCCAUUUGAAGAGAUUGAUCACCAUAAUAAGAGAGUUUUGUUCGUUGCUACUAAUCAUGUUGGGGAGAUUGCUGUGCUAGUGAAACAUAACAUAUCUGUUUCUAUUUUAUUUUAUAACUUUAGAAGACAGAGUUGGAGAAAAUUUGAUAUAUGCAAGUUGCCUAUGGAGCCAUCCAUGUAUCCUGCCAUGUACUUCAUUUUAGACAAUGUCUUUUAAUUUUAUUUGAUGAAUACAUUUGCCAAA